GGGUUAGAUAACAGGAUAUCAGGAGCUCUGGCCUCUCUCUGUGGUCCAUGUCCUUGAAGGGGACUCUCCCCCCAGAAGAAGAGAAGAGGAUGGGCAGCCACAGGAAAAAGAGGAACAAGAGUGUAUCGCACGGAACUGAAGAGUCCAGCAUUAUCACCACUGUGAUUUCUGCAGGGAAGGCCAUGGCCACUUCAGGAACACCCCCUCCACCUUGGGAUGAGCACAAGCCAAUCCAGAAAGAUACUGAACAACCAGAAAAAACAACCAAAGUCCAUGAAGAAGAGGAGCAUCCUCUUUCACAAGGAGAAUAUACAAAUACCACUCCUCCCCCUCCCUCUUCAACUCCCCCAUCACCACCAAAGCCAUCUUCAUCCUCAUCCUCGUCAUCGUCAUCGUCAUCAUCAUCGUCUUCAUCAUCAUCAGAUAGCAACAGUGAUGAGGACCAUAUCCAUCGGACUGACAAAAAGCCCCAUCCAGAUAAAGUCAAAGAUGAGUCAAAGAUUAAGAAGGAUGAACUUCAGCUCUAUGAAGAUACACCUGGAGAGAUAAAACCCUAUGAUGAAUCAGAGCUCAGGAGAAGAGAAGUUGUACCAUCAGAUGAGCCAGAAAUAGAAGACACGCAGGCAGCAAGAAUGAACAUAAAGAAAGAUGAUGAAUUUUUCCAUUUUGUCCUCCUUUGCUUUGCUAUUGGGUCCGUGCUAGUCUGUUAUCACUACUAUGCAGAUUGGUUCAUGUCUCUGGGCGUUGGGUUGCUAACCUUUGCUUCUCUGGAGACUGUUGGAAUAUAUUUCGGCCUAGUGUAUCGGAUUCACAGAGUCCUUCAGGGCUUCAUCCCCCUCUUUCAGAAAAUAAGACUAAUAGGUUUCCGGAAGUCAGACUGAGAGGUUGAUUCAGGAGAACAGCUGGGACCAUCAAUCCAGAAAUCAUGAAAUCAAUCUUCCCAGAAUAACACCAGAGUAAAGGAAUCCCCCACCUCAUGUCUUGGGGGGACAAAGCUGGAGAGAAAGAAAAAUACUUUAUCCUUCAGCAUCACCUAAUAAGUCUGAGCACUGGAUCAUCAUUGAUGGGCAUCAAGGAACUAAGCUCACAUCAGUUUUAUUCUAAGGGUUAACUUAAUCAUCAAGGGGAAGGAAAGGGAAAGGAAUGGGAGGGAGUGGGAGAGGAUCCAUGUCCUCCUGCCUGACGGGUUCUGAUUCUGAAGACAGAAGGCUUCAUUGAAAAAGCCUUGGCAGACAAUUGGUCUUGGUAGAAUGUCUUUAGGGUCCCUCCCAGCUUUGAUCUGGUUCAGAAUGAUCCUGACCCUGAUCUCCAUCUUUGGGAUCCCUGUUUGCUAGACCCUAGCUUCUUAACCCCAUAUGGGAUCCUGUAACUGAAUGUGGGGGUCAUGAAAAAUUUGGCAACAGUAAAAGGUUAUGUAUACCUAUUUUAUAUACCUAUCUACCCAGAGUCAUGUAAAAAUUUCAUGGGUGAAAAGGGCUCACAAGUGGGAAAAGUUUAAGAAGCCCUGGGCUAGAUAAUCUUUAGCCAGGUCAUAUUUGUUGGAAUUGUCUCCCCAUGGCGGAUACUUCCCCCAAACAGCUGGGAUUCUUAGGCAGCUGAACUCAAAGUAGAAGUGGCCAGGCCUACCACCACCAUCCAAGCCGGAGGGGAUGGGAUACUUUUUUUUUGCUGGGCAGUGAGGGUUAAGUGACUUGCCCAGGGUCACACAGCUAGUUAGUGUCAAAUGUCUGAGGCCGGAUUUGAAUUUAGGUCCUCCUGAAUCCAGGGCCAGUGCUUACCCACUGCGCCACCUAGCUGCCCCCAGGGAUGGGAUACUUUGACUAAGCUGUUGUAUCACACAGAGAUCUACACUUUCUUCAGGUAUUCAAGCUGAAAACGACAACCAAUAGCUAUACAGGAAGAAAUGUAUCAUUCUGGGAGUGAAACCA